UCAUCCCAGACUACUGCUCCACAAAGCUGCUCUGCUUUGAAUAAAAUGUCAGGGAAAAUGGCCAAGGACUUUAGGCUUUUCGUAAAGAAUGCAAAACAAAUCGUUUUGGUUUGUAAAAACGGGGAAAAGUUCCUGACCAAAGACGGGAUGCAGAGUUUGGCCGUCAUUGAGAACGGCAGUGUGGUGAUCGGACAUGAUGGCCUCCUCAAAGCUGUCGGAUCAGCAGACUCUAUUGAGUCGCAGUUUAAAGGCGCGUCCUUUGAAAAGGUUCUGGAUGCUUCCGGAAUGUGUGUCCUGCCUGGGCUGGUCGAUGCUCACACACAUCCCGUGUGGGCAGGCGACAGAGUUCACGAAUUUGCCAUGAAGCUGGCAGGGGCUUCAUACAUGGAAGUGCACGAGGCAGGUGGAGGAAUCCACUUCACAGUGGGUCACACCCGCAGUGCCAGCCCAGAGAAGCUUCUGGAAGCUCUGCAGGGACGGCUGGGUCGCAUGCUGAGAGCCGGCUCCACGCUGGUGGAGUGUAAGAGCGGCUAUGGGCUGGAGCUGGAGACUGAGCUGAAAAUGCUCUCUGUUAUCCAGGCGGCCAGGGCAACCCAGCCUGUCACCAUCUCCUCCACCUACUGCGGAGCCCACGCCGUCCCAAAAGGCAAGACCAUGGAGGAGGCAACUGAGGACAUUUUGUCAGUGCAGUUGCCUGCAUUGAGAGAGGAGGUUGCCAAGGGCAACUUACAGGUGGACAACAUCGAUGUGUUCUGUGAGAAAGGCGUGUUUGAUGUGGACUCAACACGUCGCAUCCUUAAGGCAGGAAAAGACAUGGGACUCAACAUCAAUUUCCAUGGAGACGAACUUCACCCCAUGAACUCAGGACAGCUGGGAGCAGAGCUCGGUGCUUUAGCCAUCAGUCACUUAGAGGAGGUGACAGAUGAGGGGAUCAGAGCCAUGGCAACGGCCAAAACGGCAGCCGUCCUCCUGCCCACCACUGCCUACAUUCUCAGGCUUCGCCCACCGCGAGCCAGAGACAUGCUGGAUGCCGGAGUCAUUGUUGCGUUAGGCAGUGAUUUCAACCCCAAUGCAUACUGCUGCUCAAUGCCCAUGGUCAUGCAUUUGGCCUGUGUUAUUAUGCACAUGUCCAUGCCUGAGGCCCUGGCAGCCGUGACCAUAAACGCAGCCUACUCCCUCAACCGCUCACACACACACGGUUCACUGGAGCCCGGCAAACAGGGAGAUCUGCUCAUCAUAAACGCCCCACGCUGGGAGCAUCUUAUUUACCAGUUUGGGGGCCAUCAGGAGCUGAUCAGAUUUGUCAUCAUCAAAGGCAGUGUCGUUUACGAGAAUGAAAGCGUAAUGGAUUACUGAAGAUUCCAUACCUAGUUUUACGAUGACAUCACACAUAAUUGAACCCUAAACGCCUAAAAAUGUGUUUAAAGGGUGUAGUCAUACCUGGGCCAUAUUAGGACACUUUCAUUUCCAAAAGUCAUUACACAUAUAUAACCCAGACAGACAGUUCAUCUCACACAGAUUACAUAAAUCAUUCACAGCCCACUCCUCACAGGUGAGGUAGCGGAGAAGACCUGAGAGAUGAGUUUAAAAAAAUCAGCUGAUCAGGAGUGAAAUCUGAGGAAAACCAUGAAUGUUUAACAUCACUGACAUGUAUGCCCAUACUAUCCUCUCUGUGUGUGUGUGUGUGUGUGUUUUUAGGCACAAGACUGAACUGAACUUCAGGGCAUUAAAUUGUGUGUGUGUGUGUCAGAGAGAGAGAGUGUCUGUUUCAAAAACCUGAAACUCAAAAGGUUGUUUAAUGCUAUAGCUGUAUUAAAUGAAUACAGCUGACUGUCAGUCAGAUAAAUUACAAAAUGGCACUUCUAUUAAAAAGGCAUAAAAUGACAUAAAUAUUCAAUAAUACUGAAAUAGCAAUAAAAACUUUUAAAUCACACAUAAA